UAUUGAGCAGCACAUAGAGGCUGAAGGGGAGGCCCUCCGGUGGCUGGUUGGGAAAUGUGGGAACAGGUAUCAUGUUCUCAACAAUGAGGAGAGGGGUGAUGUCACUCAGGUCACCGAGCUGCUGGAGAAGGUGGAGGAGAUGGUGGCAGGAAACAGUGGGUGUGACUUUGAAGUCGACAGAAUGAUGAUAGAGAAAGUGGAAGAGAAGAAGAGAUCAGUGGAAGAAAGAGGAAAACAGAGGAUGAUGAAGGUGGAGAAUCAGAGGAAGGCACUCAGGGCCCUAUUUAAAGAGCAAACACAGGAUCUCUCAGAUCUGAGGAUUGUUCUGCUGGGAGGGAGGUGGACUGGGAAAAGUUCAGCAGGAAACACCAUCCUGGGAAGAGAAGAGUUUGUCACUGAGGGAAGAACUGCACAGUGUGUGAAGAGACAGAGGGAAGUGGCUGGGAGGCAGGUCACUGUGGUCGACACACCAGGAUGGGGGAAGGACUGGUCUGUACACGGAACUCCAGAGGCUGACAAACAGGAGAUUGUGCACAGUGUGUCUCUGUGUCCCCCAGGACCCUGUGCUCUCUUCAUUGUUUUAAGGGUAGAUGCAUCAUUCACAGAGACACACAGGAGGUCAGUGGAGGAACAUCUGGAGCUUCUCAGUGGGUCAGUCUGGAGACACACUAUAGUGCUGUUCACCGUGGGAGACUGGCUGGGAGACAGAACUAUUGAGCAGCACAUAGAGGCUGAAGGGGAGGCCCUCCAGUGGCUGGUUGGGAAAUGUGGGAACAGGUAUCAUGUUCUCAACAAUGAGGAAAGGGGUGAUGUCACUCAGGUCACUGAGCUGCUGGAGAAGGUGGAGGAGAUGGUGGCAGGAAACAGUGGAUGUCACUUUGAAAUCGACAGAGUGAUGAUAGAGAUAAUGGAAGAGAAGAAGAGAUCAGUGGAAGAAAGAGCAAAACAGAGGAUGAUGAAGGUGGAGAAUCAGAGGAAGACACUCAGGGCCUUAUUUAAUGGACCCUGUGCUCUGUUCAUUGUUUUAAGGGCAGAUUUAUCAUUCACAGAGACACACAGGAGGUCAGUGGAGCAACAUCUGGAGCUUCUCAUUGGGUCAGUCUGUAGACACACUAUAGUGCUGUUCACCGUGGGAGACUGGCUGGGAGACAGAACUAUUGAGCAGCACAUAGAGGCUGAAGGGGAGGCCCUCCAGUGGCUGGUUGGGAAAUGUGGGAACUGGUAUCAUGUUCUCAACAAUCAGAAGAGGGGUGAUGUCACUCAGGUCACUGAGCUGCUGGAGAAGGUGGAGGAGAUGGUGGCAGGAAACAGUGGGUGUCACUUUGAAAUCGACAGAGUGAUGAUAGAGAGAAUGGAAGAGAAGAAGAGAUCAGUGGAAGAAAGAGCAAAACAGAGGAUGAUGAAGGUGGAAAAUCAGAGGAAGGCACUCAGGGCUCUAUUUAAAGGUGGGUUUGUUUAAAUAUGUAGAUUAAUUAA